CUAUUUUUCUGAUCAUGCACCCUCUUUUCCUCUACCCUCGUCAUUGAAGAACACAUAUAUAGACAGAAACAAACAUCUAAACUCUACCUCAAAUGCCCUUAAAAGCUUCACAAAUCGUCAAUGGUGAUCAAAUCCAUCUCUAAUUAUUCAUGUAUCCCAGCAAACAUUCUUCUUUCUACCAUGAGAAAACACACCACGACAUUUACCAUAGUAGAUUUCGAUCUCUAUUUAGGGUUUUCUUCAAUUAGAUCAGAAAAAUAGAACCCCGAUAAUGAUCCCCGUUUGAAAUUUAUAGGUUUUGUUUGAUUUUUGAUUUGUCUCAUGGAUGAAGCUGAUGAAACGAGAGUUGAAUCGCUUCAUAUGCAGGGACUAAUUGUAAACAAAUCAUAUAUCUCUAAGGACGUAAGUGCAAAUUACCUUGUUAUGUGCCAUGUCGAUUGAUAAACAGAUUUUCCCGCAUUUUUUCUUUUUACUUCGAUUCCUCCGUAUAAAACCCUGGAAAUCACAUCACGUAUUCACGCAACCCACAAAUUUCUUCGCCAUUCUUCAUGUUCGUCUUCUUUAAGAAAAUGGAGCCAAUUUCAGUAGGAGACAGAUAUGCGAAAGCCAAAAUUGAAGAACCAAAUCUGCGAUUGCCUAAAGCAUUACUGAAACCUCCCACUGAACUCUCUGAUGAUCUCAGCUAUUUGAAAAUUUUCGAAGAGAAUACUCGGAAAGCUCAACAGCUAGCUGAAGCAGUUGCUUCAGGGGCCAAACUUGACAGAAAAGUAUACAGAAUUCGUAAUAAAGAACUUGUGAAAGCGAUUGGGGAAGAAUAUGAAAUAAUGAAACUGAUUCACAGAGCCUCAAAAGCCACAAUCGGGCUAAUAGCUGAUGCUGAAACCAAUCUUUAUAGUCAUUCAUAUCUGGACUUGUUGGGAACUGUUGAAGAAGUUCAAACUGCUGAAGAACUCAUCCUAGAUGAAAUCCUAGCAACAUAUAGCAGUGUGAGUUUUCCAGUAAUUCUAAUGCCACCAACUGUAUACCAUGACCAAAUGAUCAUCCCUGCCCAAAAGGUUGUUCAUAUUGAUGGAAUUUAUGGGAGUAGUUAUGUGAGAAUGGAAAUGGAGUCUGGUGCAUGGAUAAAGGUUGGAAAAAAUCCAGGUGGUUCUGGAGGGGAGAAAUUAGUGAACAUAUUUGGUCCACGUGAGAAUGUUAUCAAAGCCAUGUGGUUAAUUCAAUCAGUAAUCUGUGAGGAGUACUAAAGAUAAAGAAGCUAGUUGUGGUGAAGAAGCAUCAAUGGAUUAGGUUACAAUGAAAUUGUGUCCGAUAAUAUCACGAGUUUCAAGCCUACAAUGUUUGAUGAAAUUUCUUGAACCUAAUAAGGUUCUUCCUUUGUUGAAAUGUCAAUCAAAAGAUAACCAUUGAUAAAGCUAUAAACUAAAAGAAGUGACGAUUUAAAAAAAAAAAAAAAAAAAUUUUUCGGCUUCGUUUGAGUCUAAUGAAGAAUUCAACAAUCUAACUCCAAUAUUGAAGCUUAUCGGGAAAUAAAA